GGGGGAUGCGUGCUGGGGAUGCCGGACCGCCCGUACCGUGUAUAGAAGUAAGCAGCUUUGAAUAACCAGCUAGGAACUGCAUCAAGGUACUGGAAUCCAUGAACUCAUCGCUGGCUGGUCCAUAGUGCGCGUCUCCGGGUCGCUUUAAUCUGCUUGGAAAAGACGCCAAUUACAUCGAUCUGGAUUCUGAGCCGUAUUACCGACUUUGAACUAGGAUCUCGCCACGGGAUGCUCUUCUCCAUCCAGCUGUUGGAUGUACAAUCCUCAUCACUGGCUCCUUUCAAAUGAGGUGUUGCUACCUGGGGGAAAACACUGCAACUGCUGGAUAUAACUUUUUUGACUCAUUAACCCAAGGGGAUUAAGUGUGCCUGGUUUUAGAUUUUUGAAAGUUUGUGCACAUAAAUGUGGAUUAGAAAAAUGAAUCUUCUCCCAGUAAGGAUUCUAGCCUUACAGAUGUUGCCACUGAUGGAAUUGUUGUUCUUCUCACUUUUGAUGUCAGUGCCUGGGACUCUGAGCAGCUCUCAACCCAGACAGGUUUUUCAAGUACUAGAGGAACAGCCACCAGGGACUUAUGUGGGUACCAUCAACACCAAACCAGGGUUUACCUACCGGCUUAGUGAAUCCCACUCCCUGUUUAGUAUCAAUGCCACUUCAGGUUCUAUUCACACCACUGCUGUUAUUGACAGGGAACGCCUGACCAAUGAUGUUAUAAACCUGGUGGUUCUAUCCAGCCAACCAACCUAUCCAACAGAAGUGCGCAUAGCUGUGCUGGACAUCAACGACAAUUCUCCUGUUUUCCCAGAGCCCUCUAUUGUAGUGUCCUUCAAAGAGGAUACACAAGGUGGGAGACAGGUCAUUCUGGACACUGCUACUGACUCAGAUGCUGGCACAAAUGGGGUAGAUCACCGUUCCUACCGCAUUGUUUCAGGUAACAAGGAUGGUCGAUUUAAGCUGGGCAUUACAGUCAAUCCAAGUGGGGAAGGGGCUUUCUUGCACCUGAUGUCCCAGGGGCCCCUGGACAGAGAGACUACUCCAUGCUAUUACCUGCUCCUAGAAGUAGAGGAUAAAGGCUUGCCAAAAAGGAUAGGUCAACUACAAGUCAAUGUAACAGUGCAGGAUAUCAAUGAUAACCCACCAGUUUUCAGCAGUUCUCAGUAUCAGGCCAAGGUUGAGGAAGAUGCUCCAGUGGGUUCAAGUGUACUAAAACUGGAAGCUAUUGACCGUGAUGAAGGACUUAAUGCUGCAAUUAGGUAUCAGCUGGCAGAAGGUACUCCCUUUCAAAUAGACCCAGAAAGUGGACUGGUAACAAUCAGAGAACCACUGGACUAUGAAAGCAGACGACAGUAUAUUCUCAGCAUUGAAGCUAAAGAUCUGGGUACUCCACCACUGACUGGUCGUGCAGAGGCGCUGGUUCGCCUUAUUGAUGUUAAUGAUAAUGACCCUGUGGUAAAGUUCCGCUAUUUCCCUGCCACUUCCCGGUAUGCAUCAGUGGAUGAGAAUGCACAAGUUGGAACAGUGGUGGCUUUGCUUACUGUUACAGACUCAGACUCUCCUGCUGCCAAUGGUAAUGUCACAGUAGCUAUUCUUGGAGGCAAUGAACAGCGUCACUUUGAGGUGCAAACUUCCAAGGUUCCCAACCUCAGUCUCAUCAAAGUAGCUAGUGCUCUGGACCGAGAGCGCAUACCUUCUUACAACCUGACUGUAAGUGUUUCAGACCAAGGUCAUCCCAAACCACGAUCAUCAGUGGCCAGCUUAGUGAUAUACGUCAAUGAUAUUAAUGACCAUCCACCAGUUUUUGACCAGCCACAUAGUAAGGUAGAGAUUAGUGAGGAUUUACCUCCUGGCUCAUACAUAUGUGGGAUUUCUGCUACAGAUGGAGACACGGGCCUAAAUGCCAACCUGCGAUACUCCAUAGUGUCUGGAAACAAUUUGGGAUGGUUCUCUAUUAGUGAGCACAGUGGGCUGGUAACCAGUAGAUCUGUGCUGGAUCGUGAAACAGCCCCUCAACUGCUUCUCAAUAUCAGUGCACAGGACCAGGGUCCCCAACCUAAAACCAGUUAUGCUACACUUCUUGUAAGCCUAUUAGAUGUCAAUGAUCAGAAGCCUACUUUUACUGGUCUGCAUGCCAGUGACCAGCACUGGCUAUCACUACCAGAAAAUUGCCCAGUUGGCAGUGAAUUAAUCACACUGAAGGCUAUUGAUGGUGAUCUUGGGGACAAUGGUACCAUUCGUUAUUACUUUGAUGCUGAAAAUCCAAACCAGUGCCAGGCAUCCUUUCGUCUUGACCCACUAACUGGCCGUCUCAGUACACGUUCAGAGCUGGACAGGGAGCAGCAGGAAAACUGCACUCUAAUAAUACAGGCAACUGACCUUGGCACCCCACCCUUGUCUUCCACAGCCAAAGUAGCUGUUACUUUAUUGGAUGUAAAUGACAAUAGUCCCAUAUUUUAUCCAGUUCAGUACUUUGCCAACAUCCAAGAAAACGAACCCCCUGCAAGCUUUGUGGUUUCUGUUACAGCUGCUGAUUCAGAUCUGGGCACAAAUGGGACCAUUAAAUACUCUAUCAGAGCUGGAGACACCUCCAAAUUUCAAGUUCACCCUGAAACAGGUGCAAUAUCGACAAAAGCAACUCUUGACAGGGAGGAAAAAACUGCUUACCAGUUACAAGUAGUGGCUACAGAUGGUGGGGGUCUCCAAUCACACAACCAUGCCAUAGUAACCAUUACUGUAUUGGACACACAAGAUAACCCUCCAGCUUUCACUCAGGAGACUUAUCGUUUUGUUAUAUUUGAAAAUGUGGCAGUGGGAUACAAUGUAGGGUCUGUUUCAGCAACCACCAUGGAUCUAAACACUAAUAUCACUUACCUGAUCACUACCGGUGACCAGAAAGGAGUGUUCACAAUUGACAAGUUUACAGGUCUAAUCACCACAGCAGGGGUGGUGGAUAGAGAAGAACAGGAUUUUUAUCAUUUAAAAGUGGUAGCUAGUGGUGGGGCAGUUACUGGAGAGACCAUUGUUAAUAUCACUGUCAGAGAUUUAAAUGACAACUCACCUUAUUUUCUGCAUGCAGUGGAAAGUGUUAAUGUGGUAGAGAACUGGAAGGCUGGUCAUGUUAUAUUCCAAGCCAAGGCUGUAGACCCAGAUGAGGGUAUCAAUGGAAAGGUAGGAUAUAGCUUGAAACAAAACCCUCAAGCAUUGUUCUGUAUUGAUGAAGUUAGUGGUGCUGUAAGCAUAACAGGAGCACUUGAUGUCAAUGUGGGCUCAUACCAAGUAGAGAUUAUUGCAUCUGAUAUGGGGGUACCGCAGCUUUCUUCUGGUUUCAUUUUAACUGUUUCUGUGCAUGAUGUCAAUGAUAAUCCUCCUGUGUUUGAUCAGCUUUCCUAUGAGGUAACCCUUCUAGAAUCAGAACCAGUAAAUUCCAGAUUCUUUAAGGUACAUGCUUCUGACAAAGAUUCAGGGGCAAAUGGGGAAAUUACAUAUACAAUAUUGGAUGGGAAUCUGGGGGAGGCUUUUGGCAUAUUCCCAGAUGGCCAGCUGUAUGUCAAGAGUGAACUCGAUAGGGAAGUUAAGGAUGUAUAUGUUUUACUAGUGGCUGCUUCAGACAGAGCAGUGGAGCCCUUGAGGGCAACAGUAAAUGUUACAAUAAUACUGGAGGAUGUGAAUGAUAACAGGCCUUUGUUUAACAGCACCAAUUAUGUUUUCUAUUUCGAAGAGGAAUGCCCAGGAGGCUCAUUUGUGGGUAAAAUAUUUGCUGUGGAUAAGGACUCUGGGUCUAAUGGGGAAAUCAUGUAUGCCUUUGAGACUUUACAACCUGAUUUUGAACUGAAUACAGUUACAGGGGUCAUCACAAGCACUCAUCAGUUUGAUAGAGAGGCACUUAUGAGACAAAGAGGGGCUGCAGCAUUUACACUCAAAGUGGUCUCUACGGAUUUGGGUUUGCCAAAGCCACUGAAAGAUCAAGCCACUGUGCAGAUAUACAUUAAAGAUAUUAAUGAUAACCCUCCCAAAUUUUCUAAAGAUAUGUAUCAGGCUAGUAUAUCAGAAUUAGCUGCAAACAUGACUCAAGUAUUAAGAGUCUCCUCUUCUGAUGUUGAUGAAGGGAGCAAUGGUUUGAUAAGCUAUUCAGUGGUGAAGGGCAAUGAGGAGAAUCACUUUUCAAUUGACUCUACUACAGGUCAAGUAACCUUAAUUGGUGUUUUGGACCAUGAAGCCACAGCUUCUUACUCUCUAAUUAUUAAAGCUGUGGAUACCGGGAAGAUCCCAUUGAGUUCAACUUGCACGUUAAGUAUUGAUGUCCUGGAUGAAAAUGAUAACACACCCUCUUUCCCCAAAGCUCUAUUGUUUGUUGAUGUUUUAGAGAAUAUGAGAGUUGGAGAACUGGUGUCCUCUGUCACCGCCACAGACUCUGACUCUGGUGACAAUGCUGAUGUCCAUUAUAGCAUUACAGGAACCAACAACCAUGGGACUUUCAGCAUUAGUCCCAAUACAGGCAGUAUAUUUCUUGCAAAGAAGCUGGAUUUUGAAACCCAGGCAUUGUUCAAACUAAACAUCACUGCUAAAGACAAUGGCAGACCACCUCGUUCCUCUACUAUGUCUGUGGUCAUCCAGGUCAGGGACUUCAAUGAUAACCCACCCAGCUUCCCAGAAGGAGACAUCUUUAAAUCCAUCAUGGAGAAUGUCCCCAUUGGUACAUCUAUUCUCUCCAUUACUGCCAGUGACCCAGAUGCUGAUAUUAAUGGACAGCUAACCUAUGCUAUUAUUCAUCAAAAACCAAGGGGGAGUCAUUUUCUUAUUGAUGAGGUGAGAGGUACAGUCUUCACCAAUGCAGAAAUAGACAGAGAAUUCUCUAGCUUGUUUGAACUGACUGUGAGAGCUAGUGAUCAGGCGGUCCCUGUAGAAACAAGAAAGUAUGCCUUCAAAAAUGUCACUAUCCUAGUUAGUGACCUCAAUGACAAUGUCCCUAUGUUUGUGUCCCAAAAUGCAUUUGCCGCAGACCCCACCUUGAUCAUCGGCUCGGUCCUGACAACCCUUACAGCAUUUGACCCUGAUGAAGGUCCAAACGGGGAGAUCGAGUAUGAAAUAAUAAAUGGUGACACUGAAACCUUUAUUGUGGACAGGUAUAGUGGAGACCUGCGAGUGGCUUCUCCUCUGGUGCCAUCUCAUCUUGUCUACAACCUGAUUGUGGCUGCCACCGAUCUAGGAACUGAAAGGAAGGCGAGCACAACCGAGUUAACUGUCAUUCUCCAGGGAAUGGAUGGACCAGUGUUCUCUCAGCCUAAGUAUAUAACUCUUUUGAAAGAAGGGGAGCCCAUAGGCACAAAUGUGAUCUCCAUUGAAGCCUCUAGUCCCCGUGGUACAGAGGCUGUGGUGGAAUACUUUAUUGUGUCCGUGAAGUGUGAAGGCAAGACUGUUGGACGAUUGUUCACCAUAGGCAGAAGCACAGGUAUUAUCCAGACUGCAGCAGUGCUUGACCGUGAGAGAGGAGCUCGCCUGUACCUGGUGGAUGUCUAUGCCAUUGAGAAAGAAACCACCUUUCCCAGGACCCAAAGAGCAGAGGUGGAAAUAACGCUGCAGGACAUCAACGACAACCCACCAGUCUUCCCAACAGACAUACUUGAUCUCACUGUGGAGGAGAACACUGGAGAUGGCUCUAAAAUCAUGCAACUCACUGCUACAGAUGCUGAUGAGGGUGCUAAUGCCCUGGUUACCUACACCAUCAUUAGCGGUGCUGACGACAGCUUCCGCAUUGACCCUGAAUCUGGUGACCUGAUAGCAACCAAACGCCUGGACAGAGAGCGCCGCUCCAAGUACUCUCUGUUGGUGAGGGCUGAUGAUGGUCUUCAGUCUUCAGAUAUGAGAAUCAAUAUCACAAUAAGUGAUGUCAAUGAUCACAUACCCAAGUUCUCAAAGGCAGUGUACUCUUUUGACCUAACAGAAGAUACGAUUCCAGGUUCCAUAGUAGCUUCAAUACAAGCGACUGAUGAUGACUCUGGUGUGAAUGGAGAAAUCACAUACACUGUUAGUGAUGAUGAUGAAGAUGGCGUAUUCUUUCUGCACCCUGUGACAGGAGUCUUUAAUGUAACACGUGCUUUAGAUUAUGAAGUACAACAAUAUUACAUUCUCACUGUAUGUGCAGAAGAUGGAGGAGGCCAGUCCUCGUGUGUAAGGGUAUACUUCAACAUCUUAGAUAUAAACGAUAAUCCUCCAGUCUUCAGCAUGAGCUCAUACAGCACUUCCAUUAUGGAGAACUUGCCUCAUGGAUCAACAAUCCUCACAUUUAAUGUCACGGACCUUGACGAAGGUCUGAAUUCUGAACUUUUUUACAGCAUAUCUUCUGGAGAUAGUAUGGGCCAGUUUCAGAUCGAUCAUAGUGGUGUCUUGAGCAUUCGCCAGACCUUGGAUCGGGAAAGUCAAUCCUUCUAUAGUCUUGUUGUUCAAGUGCAUGACAUGACACCCCCACCAGCAUCUAGAUACACAAGCUCAGUUGAAGUAUCUAUCAUUUUGUUGGAUGUAAACGAUAAUCCACCAAGGUUUAUUUCACCAAAACUCACUUACAUCCAAGAGAAUACUCCCACAGACACCAUUGUUUUCCGGGCACAAGCCACCGAUCCAGAUAGUGGACCAAACUCUUAUAUUCAGUACUCAUUGCUUAGUUCACUUGGAAACAAAUUUGUCAUUGGCAAUAUUGAUGGAGAAGUGCGCUUAACUGGGGAACUGGACCGUGAAGAUGUUUCCAAUUAUACCUUAACCAUUAUAGCUACUGAUAAGGGAAAACCAUCACUUUCUUCCUCAGUUGAUGUGGUCGUUAUAGUGCUUGACAUCAAUGACAAUAACCCUCGGUUUUCACAAAGCAUAUAUAAAGUAGAGAUUAGUGAAGACACUUUAACUGGAACAGAUCUCAUUCAAGUAACAGCUUCAGACGCAGAUGAAGGUGUCAGUGGAAUGGUACGCUACUCUAUUAUGGAAGGUAAUCCAAGUGGUGAGUUCAGGAUUGACACUGUUACUGGAGUUAUCUCAAUUGCCAAACCACUGGAUCGGGAGCGGAAAUCAUCAUAUUCACUUACUGUCCAAUCAUCAGACCGUGGAAGCAGCCCUCGUACGGAUACAGCAACGGUCAAUAUACUGCUCUCUGAUAUCAAUGAUGUUAUGCCUAAAUUUGAAUUAUCCCCAUACACGGUGAAUGUUCCAGAGAACCUAAAGACAUUGCCAAAGAUUGUUCUUCAGGUAGUAGCAAGAGAUGAUGACCAAGGUCUAAACAGCAGGUUGACAUAUUCUUUGGCCUCUGGCAAUGAAGAUGGUGCCUUCAGAUUGUCAUCAAGUGGACAGUUAAGCUUAAUUAAAAGCCUAGAUCGUGAGGAAAAAGAGCAAUAUACCUUAUUGAUCACAGCUGCUGAUUCAGGGAACCCAGCUCUUACAGGAACAGGUACCAUCACAGUGAACGUCGAUGAUAUCAAUGACAACAAACCUUUGUUUGCCUUAAGUCAACACUUUAUAACAAUCCCCGAAGAUGCACCUACAGGAACAGACAUUCUGCUGGUAAAUUGUUCAGAUCCCGAUGCUGGUGUCAAUGGAGUUAUCCGAUACAGUUUGAUUGGUGGAAAUUCCCAGUUUACUAUUAACCCUUCCACUGGUCAGAUCAUCAGCAGUUCAAUGUUGGACCGAGAAAUGAAAGACAUUUAUACUUUGCUUGUUGUGGCUACCGAUGGGGGAUCCCCUGCCUUGACAAGUUCAACGAAUGUGACCAUCACUAUUCUUGAUGUGAACGACAACCCACCAAGAUUUUUGCAUCAUCCAUAUGUCACCUACAUUCCAUCACCUACUCCUUCAGACUCUUUUGUGUUUGCUGUGACGGUAACUGAUGAGGACAUUGGUUCAAAUGCAGAACUUUAUUUUUCACUAAAGGGACGGAACUCCAACAAGUUUCUCAUUGACCCCAUACGAGGAACUAUCAGCACAGCAGAAGCUUUAGAGGGUCCUUCUGAAAUAACAGUUUCUGUCCAUGUGAAAGAUGGCAGCCUUAAUUCAAAGGCUGAUUCUACCACAGUGACUGUGAGGUUUGCUAACAAAGCUGACUUCCCUCAAAUACGAGCUGAUCAGAAGACCUUCACAUUUCCGGAAAGUCAAGAAGUAGGCACCCUCAUUACAACAUUGUUUGGCUCAUCUUCCAGAGGAGGUUCCUUGUCCUUCUAUAUAGCUAGUGGUAAUUUUGGAGACACAUUUCAUAUAGAUGAAUUGAACGGCCAGCUUUACAUCAGAAACCCACUGGAUUUUGAAGCCAUUUCUAAAUAUGUGCUUUGGAUCGAAGCUAGAGAUAUGGGCUUUCCUCCAUUUUCCUCUUAUGAGAAAUUAGAGAUAACAGUUUUGGAUGUCAAUGAUAAUCACCCGCAGUUUAAGCAAGAUCCAAUCAUAGCUGAAAUAAUGGAAAACCUUUCACCACGGAAAAUAGUAGCUGUCUCUGCCAGGGAUAAAGACAGUGGAUCUAAUGGGCAGAUAGAUUAUACCAUAGUGGAUGGCAAUAAAGAUGGUUAUUUUCAUAUAAACAGAGUUACUGGAGAGGUCCGAAGCACCAGGCCCCUGGAUCGAGAAAAGGUAUCUCAGCAUACUCUAACCAUCAAAGCUUCUGACAGGGGUACCCCAUUACAAAGCUCAAUAGUAAAAGUUAUAAUUAACGUUUUAGAUGACAACGACAACGCUCCAAGAUUUUCUCAGAUAUUUAGUGCAACUGUUCCCGAGAACGCGGCUUUAGGUUACAUUGUCACCCAGGUAACUACCUCAGAUGUAGACGCUGGGGCAAAUGCUGUCAGUAGAUACACAAUCACUGACACAAGUCUUCCCUUUCACAUAAACGUCAACACAGGCGUGAUCUCUGUAAGCAGGCCCUUAAACAGAGAGGAUUAUGAUCGCUAUAUUGUACGGGUUACUGCCCAUGAUUCAGGGUGGACAGUAAGCACAGAUGUCACUAUAUUUGUAACUGAUGUCAACGACAAUGCUCCAAGAUUUAGUAGGCCAUCCUAUUAUUUAGACUUUCCAGAAACAACUGAAGCCGGAUCUAAAGUUACUGAAGUAUUUGCAUCAGACCCAGAUGAUGGAUUGAAUGGUCAAGUGUAUUAUUUUCUUAAAUCUCAAUCUGAAUUUUUCCGUAUUAACUCAACUACAGGUGAAAUAUUCAACAAGCAGCAUUUAAAGUAUCAAAAUCCGAGCGUGUCCGGUAAUGUUAAUAUCAACAGGCACAGCUUUAUCGUAAGUGCUUCUGACCGAGGCAACCCUCCAAUUAUGAGCGAAACUACAGUAUCAAUCAACAUUGUUGACAGUAAUGACAAUGCCCCAAAGUUUCUGUUGAGCAAAUAUUUUACCCCCGUUGCUAAAAAUGCAAAAGUAGGUACAAAAUUAAUUAAGGUAACAGCGAUUGAUGAAAAGGAUUUUGGUAUGAAUUCUCAAGUAGAAUACUCCCUGUCAACAGAAAAUGCUAAUGGUAAGUUUCAGGUUGACAAAGAAAGCGGUUGGAUCACAGUGGUUUCAUCUCUUAUGGUGGACAUCAAUAAAAACUUUAUCUUGAGAAUAACAGCAAAAGACAAAGGCAAUCCACCAUUAUCAUCUCAUGCAGUGGUUAAUAUAACCGUGACUGAGGAAAAUUAUCAUACCCCAGAAUUUUCGCAGAGUCAUAUAAGCAUAACAGCCCAAGAAAGUCACACAGUUGGUACAGUUAUAAGAACUCUGUCUGCGAGGGAUAGGGAUUCUUCAAUGAAUGGAAUAAUCACGUACAACAUCACUUCAGGAAAUGAAGCUGGCACCUUUGCAAUUAACUCUUCCACAGGGGCAUUGUCUUUGUCAAAGGGUCUGGACUAUGAACUUUGCCAAAAACAUGACUUAACCAUCAGUGCCACCGACGGUGGAUGGGUGGCUAAAACAGGAUACUGUGUUGUUACAAUUCAUGUUAAAGAUAUUAAUGAUAAUCCACCUGUAUUCAGUGCAGAUGAAUAUUUCCCUACAGUACAGGAAAAUGCUCCAAGUGGCACAACUGUCAUUCGCUUAAAUGCGACAGAUAUAGACUCUACUCCAAAUGCCGUUAUUGCAUAUUCCAUACAGUCUUCAGAUAGUGACCUUUUCGUGAUUGAUCCAAACACAGGCGUAAUCACCACCCAAGGUUUUCUUGAUUAUGAAACAAAGCAAUCAUAUCAUCUAACGAUAAAAGGCUUCAAUGUGCCAGACGAAGAUCGCUGUAGUUUUGUCACCGUUACAAUCCAGCUAGAGGGAGCAAAUGAAUACGUACCUCGGUUUGUAUCAAAGAUGUAUUAUUUUGAAGUCUCUGAGGCUGCCCCUAAAGGAACAGUCAUUGGGGAAGUGUUUGCAAGUGAUCGUGACUUAGGUAUUGAUGGAGAAGUCCACUAUUUAAUUUUUGGAAGCAGUAAGAAAAAAGGGUUCCAUAUUGAGAAGAAAACAGGCAAGCUUUAUGUAUCAGGUGUUCUAGACAGAGAAAAGGAAGAAAGAAUCUCUCUGAAGAUUCUAGCUAAAAAUAUUGGAAACAUUCGAGGAACUGAUAUAGAUGAAGUAAAUGUCAACAUCACUGUGCUUGAUGCAAAUGACCCUCCUGUUUUCAGCCUAAAGCAAUAUAAUGUUCAAAUCAGUGAAGGAGUUCCUCCCGGUACACAUGUCACUUUUGUAAGUGCCUUUGAUUCUGAUUCAGUCCCAAGCUGGAGCCGGUUUUCUUAUUUCAUCGGUUCUGGGAAUGAAAAAGGUGCCUUCUCUAUUAAUCCACAGACUGGGCAAGUUACCGUUACAACAGAUCUGGACAGAGAAAUAAUGCCUAUUUAUAAUCUAACAGUUUUAGCCAUUGAUUCAGGAACACCCUCUGCAACAGGAAGUGCAUGCCUUGUGGUAUCUUUAGAAGAUAUUAAUGAUAAUGGACCCAUGUUAUCCAUAACUGAAGGAGAAGUAAAGGAAAACCAGAGAGCAGGAACUCAUGUGAUGACACUGCAGUCUUCAGACUUAGAUCUUCCACCAAAUCAAGGUCCAUUUACGUAUUACCUCCUGAGUACUGGACCUGCUACAAACUAUUUCAGUCUAAGCCCAGGAGGAAUUCUUACCACAACAAGAGAAAUUGAUAGGGAACAGAUUAAUGAGUUUUUCUUAUCUGUUGUAACUAGAGACUCUGGUUUUCCGCAAAUGUCUUCCACGGGAACUGUCCAUGUGAAAGUUUUAGACCAAAAUGACAACCCUUCAGAGUCCCGAACAGUGGAGAUUUUUGUCCAUUAUUUCGGUAAUCAAUUUCCAGGUGGUACUCUUGGCAGCGUUAAGCCUCAGGAUCCAGAUGUCUUGGAUAACUUCCAUUGUUCUCUAACAUCAGGGGUGACAAGUCUCUUUAAUAUUCCAGCAAACAGUUGUGAUCUUAAUUCCCAAUCAAGAUCCACAGAUGGAACGUUUGAUCUCACUGUUCAUAGCAAUGAUGGAAUGCACAGCUCAGUCACCAAUAAUGUUCGAGUUUUCUUUACAGGUUUUAGUAAUUCUACAAUUGAUAACAGCAUCCUCCUUCGAAUAAACAUACCAAAUGUUAAAGACUUUUUAACAAAUCAUUACCUCCACUUUUUACGCAUUGCUGGUUCUCAGCUAACUGGGCUAGGGACCGCUGUACAAAUCUAUGGGAUCUUUGAGGAAAAUAACCGGACUUUUGUCAUGACAGCCGUAAAACGAAGUAACAAUCAAUAUGUUAACCCCAGUGGAGUUGGUACAUUUUUUGAAAGUAUAAAGGAAGUGCUGUUUAGACAAAGUGGAGUAUGGAUAGAAUCUGUGGAUCACGACUCAUGUGCUCAUAAUCCUUGCCUUAAUGGAGGAAACUGUAUGAGGAGGCUUGCUGUGAACCCUACAAUAAAGAUCACUGAAAGUGUUCCUGUAAUUUUAGUGGCAAAUGAGCCACUCCAGAGUUUUAUCUGCAAAUGCAUGCCGGGAUACGAUGGAAAUUUAUGUGAGACUGAUAUUGACGAAUGUUUACCACUUCCAUGCCAUAAUGGUGGCACCUGCCAUAAUUUGGUGGGAGGAUUUUCCUGUAGCUGCCCUGAUGGUUUUACUGGAAUUGCUUGUGAGCGGGAUAUCAAUGAAUGCCUUUCCAGUCCAUGCAAAAAUGGCGCUGUUUGCCAGAAUUUUCCUGGAGGCUUCAACUGUGUCUGCAAAGCUGGAUCUACAGGUAAACUCUGUGAAUCUGCUAUUAAUUACUGUGAAUGCAACCCAUGCUUUAAUGGGGGAUCUUGCCAAAGUGGAGUGGAUGGAUAUUACUGUCAUUGCCCUUUCGGGGUCUUUGGAAAACACUGUGAAUUAAAUAGCUAUGGGUUUGAAGAGCUGUCCUACAUGGAAUUCCCAAGUUUGGAUCCAAACAAUAACUAUAUCUACAUAAAGUUUUCUACCAUCAAAAACAAUGCCUUGCUUCUUUAUAAUUACGACAACCAGACUGGUGAUACUGCAGAGUUCCUGGCCCUGGAAAUAGUAGAUGAGAGGAUGCGAUUUUCCUAUAAUCUCGGUGGUGGAACCUACAAGCUUACAACAAUGAAGAAGGUGUCUGAUGGACAGUUCCACACAGUGAUUGCACGCAGAGCUGGGAUGGCGGCAUCUUUGACGGUGGACACGUGUUCAGAAGACCAGGAGCCUGGGUACUGCACUGUCAGCACCUCUGCUGUUUCUACUGACUGGACGCUGGAUGUGCAGCCAAACCGAAUAACAGUAGGAGGUAUCAGAUCUCUGGAACCUAUACUACAAAGGAAAGGACAAGUAGAAAGCCAUGACUUUGUAGGUUGUAUAAUGGAAUUUGCAGUGAACGGGCGUCCUCUAGAACCCAGCCAAGCAUUGACAGCACAAGGAAUUUUAGACCGGUGUCCCAGAUCAGAAGGAUCCUGUACAACCACCACUUGCCAAAAUGGAGGAACCUGUGUGGAUAAUUGGUUCUGGCAGCAGUGUAACUGUAAAGAUGGCUUUACCGGGAAGCACUGUGAAAAAUACAUUAGCCCAGACACGGCCUUGUCUCUCGAUGGCAAAGAUUAUCUUGAAUAUUCUGUGAGUCAGACCAAGAAACGGGAAUAUCUGAUGAGGCCUCGCAGCUUGGAUUCAGAGUCAAUUUAUGCCAAUCAUUUGGAAAUAAAAUUUAGGACAAGAAGCGAGAAUGGCAUACUUCUCCAAAUCCAUGAAAUCAGCAAUUAUACUAUUGUGAAGUUUAAAAAUGGAAAAAUACACUAUGUAUCCGAUGCCGGUGUAGCAGGAAAAGUGGAAAGAAACAUUCCAGAUGCCUAUGUAGCUGAUGGCCGUUGGCAUACUCUCCUUAUGGAGAAGAACGGUUCCAUAACUGCCUUGACUAUAGACAAAGCACACAGCAAAGAUAUUCAUCAUGCAACACAAGAUUUUGGAGGCCUUAAUGUUCUUAAAUUGCAACUCGGAGGAAAUCUACCUGGACAGGCAUCUCAGAGUACAUAUAAUGGUUUUGAUGGCUGCAUUGCCUAUAUCAAGUACAACAGAGAAAUGUUGCCAUUCAGCGGAAAACAUAAUAUGGUUAUCAUUUCCAAGACGGAUUCAUCUACUAAAAUUGGAUGCAGAGGUCCUAAUAUUUGUGCCAGUAAUCCAUGUUGGGGAGAUUUAAUGUGCAUAAAUCAAUGGCAUGCAUAUACAUGUGUUCCUCCUGGAGAUUGUUCCUCAAGCCCUUGCCAAAAUGGUGGCAGCUGUGAACCCAAUUCUCAGUCUGGAUUUACCUGCAUCUGUCCUGAGUCAUACACAGGAGAGCUUUGUGAAACUGUUGUAGCUUGCUUGGGUGUUGUCUGCCCUCAAGGUAACACAUGCAAGAGUGGAUUACAUGGUGGACACAUAUGUGUUUUGAAUACACAUGUAGAGGAUCUUUCUCUCCCCCUUUGGGCUGUUCCAGCUAUUGUAGGCAGCUGCGCUACAAUUCUAGCCUUGUUGGUUCUUAGCUUGAUCCUGUGUAACCAAUGCAGAGGAAGAAAGGCAAAAGUGCCAAAAGAGGAAAAGAAACCAAAAGAAAAGAAGAAAAAGGGAAGUGAGAAUGUGGCCUUUGAUGAUCCUGACAAUAUCCCACCAUAUGGUGAUGACAUGACUAUUAGAAAACAACCAGAAGGAAACCCUAAACCUGAUAUAAUUGAAAGAGAAAAUCCUUAUUUGAUUUAUGAUGAGACUGAUAUACCCCAUAACUCUGAAAUAAUACCUAGUGCUCCCAUGGCACUCCCUGAAACUGAGAUAGAACAUUAUGAUAUUGAUAAUGCCAGCAGUAUUGCGCCUUCAGAUGCAGAUAUAAUCCAGCACUACAAGCAAUUCCGAAGCCACACACCAAAAUUCUCCAUUCAGAGACACAGCCCUCUCGGUUUUGCAAGGCAAUCUCCACUGCCUCUGGGCGCUAGUAGUUUAACAUAUCAGAGUUCAUAUAGCCAGGGGCUUAGAACAGCUACUUUGGGUCAUGCAGGCUGUGCUCCAACGAAUCCACUGUCCCGUCACAGUCCAGCGCCCUUUUCUAAAUCAUCAACUUUUUACAGAAGCAGUCCAGCACGUGAGCUGCAUCUAUCAAGAAGAGAAGGCAGUCCUUUAGAUAUGCAGAUGCAUAAUGAUGGUAUCUUUAACUAUGCCACUCGUUUAGGAAGAAGAAGCAAAAGUCCCCAGACUAUGGCAGGCCAUGGUUCUAGACCAGGAAGCCGCCUUAAGCAACCUAUAGGACAAAUUCCUAUGGAGAGUGGACCACCGGUUGGUCUUUCAAUAGAAGAGGUUGAAAGACUUAAUACCCCUAGACCUAGAAAUCCAAGUAUCUGUAGUGCAGACCAUGGGAGAUCUUCUUCUGAAGAAGACUGUCAAAGACCACUUUCAAGAGUAAGGAAUCCAGCUGAUGGAAUCCCAGCCCCAGAAUCAUCAUCCGAUAGUGAUUCCCAUGAGUCAUUUACAUGCUCAGAGAUGGAAUACGACAGAGACAAGCCUGUGGUGUAUUCGUCAAGGAUGCCAAAAUUAACUCAAGUUAAUGAAUCUGAUGCUGAUGAUGAAGACAAUUAUGGUGCUAGACUAAAGCCUAGGAGAUACCCUGGCCGCAGAGCUGAAGGAGGGCCUGCAAAUGUCCAGACAUCAACAGCCACUCUAACAGCUGAAAAUACGUUACCCAUGAAGCUUAGCCAGCAAGCUGGUAAUUUUAACUGGGACAAUCUAUUGAACUGGGGUCCAGGUUUUGGGCAUUAUGUAGAUGUUUUUAAAGAUUUGGCAUCACUUCCAGAAAAGGUAUCGGCAAAUGUAAAUGAGGAAAACCGGGGGAGUACAUCUAAGCCGGUUUCCAAAGAUGGGGAAACAGAACAAUAUGUUUAGGCAUAGUUGGACUGUCACAAUGCAGAAUCCUAUGACACUCAAACAUUGUAUGUUUGUUUACACCCAAAUGUCUCCAUUUAAAGAACAGGCCAGUGAAAGUUCCUAAUUUGUGGAGGCACAUUUAAAUAAUAACCAUAUUGCUGCUGGGAAGGACAAAAAUGAAAAUAAGCAAUUUUGUUCAUUAUUCAUUCUCCUGCAUGCAUUACCCAAUAUUGACUUACAGUGUGCAACAUUUCAAUUUCUUGUACUACUUUAUUUGAAGUAUUUUGUUUGUUUGAUGGUAUAUUUGGCAAUUGCAUUGAGAAGCCAGAUGUCGCACAAUGAUUUUGUAUCAUUGCUUUACAAUUAUGGGGGUGUUUAUAAACCAUUGUGGCUCCUCUGGGAUGAGGACCUGAUACUCAGAAGAAAUGAAAGCUGAAUGCAGUCUUCACAAGAACUUCUACUGUAUCUAGAACCUCCAGUUUAUUUUAUAUGAAGUGUCUGCACAAGGGGGCAUAGCAUUAAGUGUUGCUGCCAAGGGUGCAUUACGUGUUAAUGAGAAAGAGACUGUAACAGGCUCACAGUCUUCUUUACAAUUUUAUGAAAUUAUUAAUGCACCCCAACUUUUUUUGUUAAAAAAAUAAGCUGUAUUUCAAGAAUGCCUAUGCUACUUGGACAGAGAAGAUUUAUUUUUAUAAGAACAACAAUUCCAAAUAUCACAGAGACACUAACACAAUGAAUUGGAGUCUAGAAGUCUAGAAGCAAAAAUGGACAAUAAUAAUAAUAAUAACAAUGAUAAUAAUAAAGAUCCUAGAUUUUGCCGAAAACCCUUACUUAAAUUCGAGAGUGAAAUCACUAGUGAUUCUUUGUACUGUGGAUUUUUUUUUAUAAUUGCCUUUUAUCUCAGCUAUGUUUUUGAUAUUGAUAUUUUCCUAUGCUGUAUAGUUUUCUUACUUUCAGGGAACGCAAGAAAAUGCUUUUCUUAAACAAAUCUGUUACUUGUGUAACAUACAUAUUUUAAAAAUUUUGAUACAAUUGUAACAUACCAGUAUGCUUUCUGCCCUGUAAAUGUCAAUAAUAAAAUUAAAAUAUUUAUUUAAAA